CAUUCAUGCAGCAAUGUGGCCAGAAGCUCCUUCUUCGCUGUACUGUAGAACAGCCAUCCAUUAAACACCAAGUUGUCAAAAACAAGAGGGACUUUUGGGGCUCAGGUUGGGGCUUAUUUACGGAGUAAAGACAACAUAAACAAGUCAAAUGAAAAGCCCAAUCCCCUCUGAACGGCUGCCUGUGUAGAGCUGGCAGCCGGAAGCUGAGAUCAGCUGAUGGAGGAGGAGCCGCAGGAGAGGUGAGCCAUCUUCCCCCGGCAGUCUGAUACACUCUGAUAGAGCCUGGACGAGAGGGAUACGGGAAAUAUUCUGAGGAUCCCGGCGUCAUUUGGAGGCAGAGACGAUUACAAGACGCCAGGACAACCGGUGUCAGUCGGGAAGGAGGAUAUCUGAAGGACUCAUCAGCAUGUCUGCACAAGAGCUGACUGGGGAAUAACGUUAUACCAGCUGUUAACGUCAGACAGAAGGCUCUAAUAGUAAUACAAAGAACGGAAAACAUUUGAGCUAGGAGCGGGGAUUAAUAUCGAUAUAUGAACCGUGUAUGUAACCUAGGAAAAUGCUAAAGUCCAGAAGAUAGGCGAUAGAAAUAAGCAUGUAGUCCUUAUAGUACGGCAGGUGUAAAGCAUCGCCAGUAAAUGUAAACAAACAGCUCUUCAAGCUAGCUGAAGUUAGCCGCUUUGGGGUUAGCUUUCUGUUGCUAGUAUAUAUUGCUAAUGUAAGGUAGUUGUACCGAAGCAGAACGAAGGCAAACCGAACUGAACAAGCCUGCCGUCGGGUUCAACACCAAAUUCAACCUCAAUAUAGCCGUCUGCAGCGGAUGACAGCUGUGUGUGUUUUCUCAGUAUGCAGUUAUUAGCAUAAUUAGCCUAACGUCGGCUAAAUGUUAUUAGCAUUAGCAUCCCAGCGUAAUAACAUUAAACUAGCACACUAAAUGUAGAUCAAAGAAGACAUUUGGCAAUACUACGUGUGUGUUUGACAUCGACUCGCUUAAAAUAUGUCGCUAUGAGAGGCUAAACACUUUCGGGAUUGGUGUAAUGCUACAAUAAAUAAUAAUCUAGAUAUCCACCGUAGUGCAGUUGAUUGGUUGAAAAGAGGAGGACGUCGGGAUGAAUGAACACAACUUAAAGAUUUCUUCUCUUCGCUACGCUACCCAUCGUGUUUGCAGAGCUGUGUGAGUUCUUCGCUGCAUGGUGGCUGGAGGAGUUCUCGUCUGUUUGACAGUAACAAUCCUUAUCUGGUGGGUUUGGCUCGUUUGUCCUCUCAGCGGCAGCAGUGGAGUCAAAUAGACGACAGGACCUUCUGUUCAAAGUACCAGGCUGGAGCGGGAGCCAUAACUCAGCCAGUCAGCAUGGGCUGGAUUGUUAAAUCGAUCUAAAGGAACAGUAGUUUGAUUUGACCACAGAAGAAAGCCCCUCUAAAGCAUACGAGGACUUGCGAACAGGCACUUUGUGAGUGCAGUUUUGAGGCGUGCGCGUCCCUGCAGACUGUUUGAAGCAGACCACCGCCUUGUCAGAGUUGGUAUUAUGUAGCUGUGUUUCAGGGCCCAGCGGUAAGCCUCUCAGCUGUGUUUUGGUUGCUAGUGGCCUCCCCUCCCCCAGUCUUGAGACUCUUGAUUCUCCCCGAGUGCUGGACGCUGUUCGCCGGGUUUCCCCUUGGUUUUUAGACUAAAGAAAGGCCGUGGCCUCACGUCGCAGUCCCCUGGACUUCGAAGCAGUUAAAAAGUGGAUGUAAUGGAACUGAUGUUCGCCGAGUGGGAGGAUGGGGAGAGGUUCUCCUUCGAAGACUCGGACCGGUUCGAGGAAGACUCUCUGUGCUCCUUCAUCUCAGAGGCCGAGAGCCUCUGUCAGAACUGGAGGGGAUGGAGGAAGCAGUCCGCUGGACCCAACUCCCCAACUGUCAAGAUUAAAGAUGGCCAGGUGAUUCCACUGGUUGAGUUGUCAGCGAAGCAGGUAGCGUUCCACAUCCCGUUUGAGGUGGUGGAGAAGGUCUACCCCCCUGUCCCGGAACAGCUCCAGCUCCGCAUCGCCUACUGGAGCUUCCCAGAGAAUGAAGAGGACAUCAGGUUAUAUUCCUGCCUGGCUAAUGGGAGUCCAGAUGAAUUCCAACGUGGAGAGCAGCUCUACAGGAUCAGAGCGGUCAAAGACCCCCUGCAGAUCGGCUUCCAUCUCAGUGCUACAGUGGUAUCCAGUCAGGCCGGUCAAUCCAAAGGAGCCUACAACGUGGCGGUCAUGUUUGAUCGCUGCCGCAUCACUUCCUGCAGCUGUACCUGUGGUGCUGGGGCCAAAUGGUGUGCCCAUGUGGUGGCACUCUGCCUCUUCCGGAUCCACAAUGCAUCAGCAGUGUGUCUGAGGGCUCCAGUCUCUGAGUCUUUGUCCAGGCUGCAGAGGGACCAGCUCCAAAAGUUUGCCCAGUACCUCAUCAGUGAGCUGCCUCAGCAGAUCCUACCCACAGCUCAACGGCUGCUGGAUGAGCUGCUGUCCUCUCAGUCUACUGCCAUCAACACUGUAUGUGGAGCUCCAGACCCCACAGCAGGCCCUUCAGCGUCUGACCAGAGCACCUGGUAUUUGGAUGAGUCGACGCUCAGCGACAACAUCAAAAAGACUCUGCACAAGUUCUGUGGGCCUUCACCUGUUGUCUUCAGUGAUGUAAACUCCAUGUACCUGUCGUCCACGGAGCCGCCAGCCGCUGCUGAAUGGGCGUGUCUGCUGCGACCUCUGAGGGGCAGAGAGCCAGAAGGCAUCUGGAACCUUCUGUCCAUCGUCAGGGAGAUGUUCAAGAGACGAGACAGCAACGCUGCCCCACUGCUUGAGAUCCUCACUGAGCAGUGCCUCACCUACGAACAGAUCAUCAGCUGGUGGUACAGUGUUCGGACCUCAGCAUCCCACAGCAGUGCCAGUGGCCACACAGGGCGCAGCAACGGCCAAUCAGAGGUGGCGGCUCAUGCCUGUGCCAGCAUGUGUGAUGAGAUGGUGGUGCUAUGGAGGCUGGCAGUGCUCGACCCCACUAUGAGCCCCUGCAGGCGUCUGGAACUGGCAGGCCAGCUGAAGCAGUGGCACCUGAAAGUUAUAGAGAUAGUGAAGCGUGGACAGCAUCGCAAGUCCCUGGAUAAACUGUUCCAGGGCUUCAAGCCCGCUGUGGAGUCCUGCUUUUUCAACUGGGAGGUGGCCUACCCACUGGAUGGCAUCACCUACUGCAGUGCUGAUAAGAAGAGCGCCACAUUCUGCUGGUCCAGGGCAGUGCAGCUCCAGAGAGGAGCCAAAGCUGCUGCAGGAGGGGGUGGAGAACCUUCUGAACCAGGGGGAGGGGUGAGAGUUGAAGGUGGAGCUGGGGGAGAUUAUAAAGGAAGAGGAAGUGGUCACUCAUCCCAACAGGAGGUGGCAGUGCGACCCAAAGAGACCAUACUGACCAAGAGGAAGGGUCUGUCAGUGAGUGGAGGGGGAGGGAUGCUGGUCCGUCUGGGAGGGAGCGUCUCUCUGUCCCUGGAAGACGGAGGAGGGAAGUGCAUGUACAAAGGGCCGGGCUCCUCCACUGGAGGGAAGCUGAAACUGACACAGGGAGGUGGGAAGGGGGCAUCUGUAGGAGGUCCGGGAGGAAGUGGAGGGUUAGGAGGUGGAAAGCAUGCCAGUGCCAAGCGGAGAACCAGCAGUGAGGAUAGCUCCCUGGAACCGGACCUGGCUGAGCUCAGUCUGGACGACGGCUGUAGUCUGGCUCUGGGGGCGGAGGCCAGUAACACUUUUGAGUUUCUCCCUCCGCCUCCAGAGAUGCUGCCCUCCCCAAGUCCACUGCUGCGAGACUCACGCAAGUACAGCAGCAGCAACGGUGGGAGCAAGAUGUUUGAAACGAAGCAUGUCGGCCAUGCCUCAGCUGUACUUCCUGCUGCAGAGCCUGCUCCACCUUGCUUCCCUUCCAAAGAGACGGUGGUUCUUGUUAUGGACAUGCCCAGUGCUGCAGAGAAGGAAGCAGAGCUGGAGGUGGAGCCUGUACAGAACAGAGAUGAAGAUGUAGACUCUGCUGGCAGUGCCCAGCCUUCCACCGCUACGGCACGGUCAGGCACCACUCAAACGUCUGCCAAGCAACCACGGAGCCGCAGAGAGCCGGUGUCUGCUGUACCCGCAGCAGGGAGUGGGGCAGCAGCUGCAGGUGGACUAGCAAACCAAGGAGCAGAGGCAGCAGUUGGAGCUGCAGGAGGAGAAUCUGUGGGUGAGGACGACUAUCAGGCAUACUACCUGAGUGCUGCCUCAGAGGAGGGAGCAGACAGACAGCUGGCUGACAACCACCAGGAGGAGGAACCAGACAUCUUUGCAGGGAUGAAACCACUGGAGCAGGAGGGGCGCAUGGAGGUGCUGUUUGCGUGUGCAGAAGCCCUCCAUGCUCAUGGCUACAGUAAUGAGGCGUGCCGGCUGGCCGUGGAGCUGGCCACAGACCUGUUAGCCAACCCUCCAGACCUGAAAGUGGAGCAGCCACAGACUAAGGGUAAGAAGAGCAAGGUGUCAACCAGCCGUCAGACGCAGGUAGCCACUAACACGCUGUCAAAAGCCGCCUUCCUCCUCACUGUUCUCAGUGAACGACUGGAGCUCCACAACCUGGCCUUCAGCACCGGCAUGUUCUCCCUGGAACUCCAGAGACCACCGGCAUCUACCAAAGCUCUGGAGGUGAAGCUAGCCUACCAGGAGUCGGAGGUGGUGGCUCUGUUGAAGAAGAUUCCUCUGGGCCUGGUGGAGAUGUCAGCCAUCAGAGAGAGAGCCGAGCAGCUCAGAGACGGAAACUUCUGUGAUUACAGACCUGUGCUGCCUCUGAUGUUGGCCAGCUUCAUCUUUGAUGUGCUGUGUACCCCAGUUUGUGCAGUUGUUUCCCCAACGGGUUCCCGUCCACCAAGCCGCAACCGUAACAACGAGAUGCCUGGCGAUGAGGAGCUGGGCUUUGAGGCUGCUGUCGCUGCACUCGGUAUGAAGACCACAGUAAGUGAGGCGGAGCAUCCUCUGCUGUGUGAAGGAACUAGACGGGUGAAAGGUGACCUGGCUCUGGCUCUCAUGAUCACCUAUAAGGAUGACCAGAGCAAGCUCAAGAAGAUACUAGACAAGUUGUUGGACAGGGAGAGUCAGACCCACAAGCCCCAGACCCUGAGCUCCUUCUACUCCAGCAAGCCAGCAGGUGGCAGCCAGCGCAGCCCAUCCAAACAUACUGCCGCCGGCCACAGUGGGGUGAGCGGGGCCACCGGAGGUGUCUCCAAACACACACCCUCAUCUUCGUCUGUGACCACUGUAGCGGCCUCUUCUUCCAGCUCUUCCUCUGCUGUGGCACUGGCUGGUGAAGAAGUGGCUCAUCAGGCUGAACUGAACCCAGUGCAGAACAGUUCAGCAGGGGAGAGUACUGCUGAGACCAGGGAGCAUGUAUCAGAUGGGCCUCCUUCAUCAAGUGACCAGCAGAAUGAAACAGCUCCGUAUAAGCUGGAGGCCACAGUGCCCAGUCGGCUGGCGCUGGGUGCGCGCUGUGGAUACAGCCAACGCUGCUGGGGCUCACCUGUCCGGCAGAAGAAGAAACACACUGGCAUGGCGAGUAUCGACAGCAGUGCUCCGGAGACAACCUCCGACAGUUCGCCCACUCUCAGCCGGCGGCCGCUCCGGGGCGGCUGGGCAGCAACAUCUUGGGGGCGGGGCCAGGACAGUGACAGCAUCAGCAGUUCAUCAUCUGAUUCGCUGGGCUCCUCCUCCUCCAGCGGCUCUCGCAGGGCAGGGGGCGGAGCCAGGGCCAAGAGCACCGACACCAGCAGAGCGAUGAUGGGCUAUGAACGUACUUAUAGAACUGGAGUCACAUCCAGGUACAAAGGGCGACGUCCAGAGUGCCACGCCCCCCACGUGCCCAACCAGCCAUCAGAGGCAGCAGCUCAUUUUUACUUUGAGCUGGCCAAGACAGUGCUGAUCAAAGCUGGAGGAAACUCCUCCACCUCCAUUUUCACCCAGCCCUCAGCCAGUGGGGGCCACCAGGGGCCCCACAGAAACCUGCACCUGUGUGCCUUUGAGAUUGGCCUGUAUGCUCUUGGCCUCCACAACUUUGUCUCACCCAACUGGCUGUCCAGGACCUACUCCUCCCAUGUGUCCUGGAUCACUGGCCAGGCCAUGGAGAUCGGCAGUGCUGCCCUCAACAUUUUGGUGGAGUGUUGGGACGGUCACCUCACCCCUCCAGAGGUGGCAUCCCUGGCUGACCGAGCAUCGCGAGCCAGGGACCCCAACAUGGUUCGGGCGGCAGCAGAGCUGGCCCUGAGCUGCCUGCCUCACGCUCACGCCCUCAAUCCUAAUGAAAUCCAGAGGGCCCUGGUGCAGUGCAAAGAGCAGGACAAUGUGAUGCUGGAGAAGGCCUGCAUGGCGGUAGAGGAAGCAGCCAAGGGUGGAGGUGUGUACCCUGAGGUUCUCUUUGAGGUGGCUCACCAGUGGUACUGGCUGUAUGAGCAGUCAGUGGGCGGGGGCUCAGGCCCACAGCGGGAGACCUCUGGGCGCUGUGGGGCCAACGGGGGUUCGGGCAGGAGGCUCCCGGAGUCCAGCUGUGGUGUCCUUGACAGCGGAGUCAACAUGGAGUCUCCGGGGAUGGCGACAGUCACAGCCUCAGUCACUGCAGCAGCCGUCGUACCCGUCAUCUCUGUGGGCUCCACCAUCUACCAGUCCCAUGCUAUGCCCGGGCAGGCCAUGGCUCACCCCCACAGCCAGGGCCUCCACCCGUACACCACCAUCCAGGCCCAUCUCCCCACCGUCUGCACCCCCCAGUACCUGGGACACCCUCUGCAGCACGUCCCCCGACCCACCGUCUUCCCUGUGUCUGGGGCUGCGUAUCCACAGGGAAUGCACCCAGCCUUUAUCGGUGCCCAGUACCCGUUCUCAGUGGCCACUGGCCCCCAGCCACCUAUGGCAGCCACGGCUGUGACGUUCCCUGGUGUCCCUGUACCGUCCAUGACUCAGAUCGCCGUCCAUCCCUACCACACUGAGACCGGCCUGCCCCUCAGCACCACUGUAGCAGUAGGCAGCGUCCACUCAGGCCCCACCAUCCAGGCUAUACAGGGAGCAUCUCUGCCCUCCCUCUCCUCCCAGCCUGGCUCAUUGGUCAGCACUCCUUUCCCAGCAGAGGACGAGCAGCACAGCCAGCCAAUCAGCCAACAGGGCCUGCACUACCUGCAUUCUGCUUACAGAGUUGGCAUGCUGGCAUUGGAGAUGCUGGGCAGGAGGGCUCACAAUGACCACCCCAACAACUUCUCCAGGAGCCCCCCUUACACUGAGGACGUCAAAUGGCUGCUGGGACUGGCUGCAAGACUAGGAGUCAACUAUGUGUACCAGUUCUGUGUCGGAGCAGCAAAAGGUGUCCUCAGUCCAUUCGUCUUGCAAGAGAUCAUCAUGGAGGCUCUGCAGAGGCUGAACCCUGCCCACAUCCACGCCCACCUCCGGACACCUGCUUUCCACCAGCUCGUCCAGCGCUGCCAACAGGCCUACCUGCAGUAUAUCCACCACCGGCUCAUCCACCUGACGCCUGCCGACUACGAUGACUUUGUCAACAUCAUCCGCAGCGCUCGAGGUGCUUUCUGCCUGACACCCGUUGGUAUGAUGCAGUUCAACGACGUGCUGCAGAACCUGAAGAGAGGCAAGCAGACCAAGGAGCUGUGGCAGCGCAUCUCCCUGGAGAUGGCAACCUUCUCCCCCUGAGCAGCACACUCGGGGUGAGAGUGUGCUAGGCCUGGGCCUGGGCCUGAGCCUGGGCCUGGGCCUGGGCCUGGGCCUGGGCCUGAGGAGUCCCAUCCAGCGCCCACUCAGCCUCCAGCAUUGCUACUGCCACUGCACUGAGCCGGCCACAUUCAUGCUGUCUGGUUCUGUCAGGGACCCUGCUCCCUGCAAUGUGGACUCAAACACAUCACACAGGCAGUACAAUCAGCUCCCGUUCCCCAGACCUGCAGAGACUUCCUUUUUUUAUGUGUGUUCGUCCACCCAGAGCUCAGAGAAGACGCAGGGUCACCUUCCUGCUCUCCUCUGGUCUUGACUGACUCCUCACUCUCGUUUUAUCAUGGUUCAUGUUUGUGUAACUGUGGAAUUAAAGUGUACUCCUUCCUUUCUUCAUCUAACUCGUCUCUUCCAUUUCCCCAAAACUGAAGACAUUGACAGGGAUCUCUCACCCUCCAUCCUCACUUCAUUUCCAGUGUUUUGUAGUUUUGUUUUGUUUUGAAUGAAACCACUGAGUGUGGGUCAUUUUCAUGCUGCAACAUUCCUGUCCAGAGUGGUAGGUGCUGUGAUGCCUCAUUCACCGAAAGCUUGUCACUAUGGAUGUGGAUCUUUGCAGAGUGGGAGAAAUGGAAGAUUUGCUUGGAAAAAAGGUUUAAUAUGAGAAAUUAUAUUGUGAGUACAGGUGAGGAUUUUUCAGUAUUUUGUUUAAUCUUUUUUGAUACUUUGUAUAGAAUAUGACAUGUAUGCAGAAUGGAAUGGGCUGAGAAUGAGAGGAUGUUAAAGGUGCUGUUGUUGUUGUGUGGGAUCCUGCCUGAGGAGUGAUAUGAACACAGCUCCAGACCAAAACCAGAGGCCACCUAACCACUGCUUGGCCGAGCAAUGUCCAACAGCUGGAACAUCUGGAUCAGUCUUUUGUUAUGACUUGUCAGUUGGGCUGGGAAUCCUUUUACAUUUUUUGAUGAUAUCAGUUUUUUCGGCCCUCCUUAAGGCGACAUGACUAAUAACGUUUCUUUCUUUUUUCCAAGUAGAUUCUGCUGCUCGCCACAAUCUAUCUGGUGUCUGUGGAAAAAAGAUUUCCAGUACCAAACUCAAACUGUUUUUCAGUACUUUUUUGCUAAAUAUAAAUAUGGUUUUCUACAAAAGAUUUCUUGACAUUUAACAAAAUAAGCCAAAUUUGUCAAAUUCAGUCUGUAAUGUUGUCUUCACACAACUGUACGAAAUCUCAGCUAAAAUUAAAUACAGUAAAAUACAAAAUUAGGAUUUACAUCAAGUGAUCAAAGAAUGAGUUUACAUGACAAGAACCCAGUCAUUCGGUAACACCAGUUUUUGAUACUCGGUAAUGCAAACACAAAUCAGUGUGCAUUCAAAAAGUAUUGAGAUUCCAUACCCAGCCCUUCGUUUCAGCAUCCAAAUCACUGACUCGUUCAGAUGCAUAGACAGUCCUCGACGCUUCCCAUUGAAAAGUUUAGGGAAACAGCUGUGCACUGCUCCUUCUCAGACGUGGUAAAGUGAAUUUGCCAAACUUGUCAGUCAGUGCUCAUCCUUGUCUUUCCAGGUUUUCCUUACACUAACAUGCAGUUUGAAACUGAGACUAAACGUGCUGUUAAUCUGCUCUUUGUGUAGCUUGUCCGAGUACAUUUUAGGUGCAGUAUCUUCGCUUCAUUCUGGUGCACCCAACGGGAAUGAGCUUACUGCCCCGCUACAACUAUGAUUGGUUGUUUUGUCCCCCAUCGGUCACAAGGGGCAGUAAAGAAACCAUUUCGGCCGCGCUCAUAGCAAACUUGAACAAGCCCCACAGAGCUGAGAUUUAUGCUUCAUCGGAAGUGUUUUUUGUAAAUGGUUUGUUUUACAAGAGAAAAGAUGGUUGAUCCAAGUAGUUGGUUUGGCAAAUGUAUGCUUUCAAUGGGAAGCAAUCGGGACUGUCACACAGUGCAUAAGAGAGUCCCAUAUAGGGGUAAGACAGUGGCUGUGUCUCCUUUUUCGGACAUCUUCUUCAAAGUUCACACUUCUGCUUGAAUUUGGAGGCUCGUUGAGGUCUUUACUGUCCCAACGUUCACUGUAUGCCGCUCACUUGUCUCUGAGGCUACAGCUGUGAUUUUGUGAUGCCACUACAAUGACUUUGUAGACUGUCUCACACAGGGACAGUGCAGCUACAGCUCACUAGUCUUAACACCUCCAAAGGCCACACCUUCAGAGUCCAUGACUUUGUAACACCGUGGCCCCUGAAAUGAGACACAGCCGUGGUUUGGCUCUGGAAAGCCCUGCUUCGCUGAGCUGUGUACUGCACGAGUCCAAACAUUGUUUGAGUGGCCCCUCUCUUCAGUGUGGCUAGCUCAUAGACCAUGGUGCUGUUACUUUAGGACAUGUUGACUUUCCAUCUCUGUCCAGGCAGCUGCUGUGGUUCUGAACCCACCUCUCUGAUUGGCUCUGGACCUCACAGGUGAAGGUGACUUAGUAGAAAAUGUGCUGUGAUAUUUUUGUAUUCCUCAAAAAGUGUAGCUUGAUUGAAAAGUUCUAUAUGUGCUGAUUGCAAAAGGUUCUAAUUUAGAGUGAAAAGAAUAAAAAAAAGAUAAAAGCAAUACUAAAAGUGUAGAGUUUACUUAAUAAAGAUGAUUCAAAACA